GUAUCUUUUCUUUUCUGUGGUGACCACAUGUCGGUGUAGUUAACCAAUGUGCGAAUUGUCGGAAGUUCAGAAACAGAACCACGUCAGAAUAAAAUAGGUAUGGUGUUUACACCUUUGGUUUACACGUGCAAAAGUGACGAUGGAAGCAUUACUUCUGAUCCUUAACGUUGAAAAUUGUGUUAAACCAACAAGGACUUGGUUAUGGUUUAUCGUUAAUUUUGUGUCUACAACAUUAGUGUAAGUUCGACAUUCAGCGAUAAACAGAAUCAUGGUGCGAAAAUAUAAAAAAAGGGUACGCGUACUCAACAAGUGGAUGAAGAGUCCAUGAAUUUAGCAAUUGAUGAUGUGAUACAAGGACGGUUGUCGUAUAGGAAAGUCGCGUUAAAAUACAACAUCAAAACACCAACGUUGGAAAGCAGAGUUGAGAAAUUUAAAGAUGGCUCUAACGCCGAUGGACCCUCACGAACUUUUCAUUCAAAAUUCACGAGUCUACAAGUCUUCUCUUUGGAAGAAGAGGCACGCUUAAAUGACUAUAGUACUAAUUGCUGCAAUAUGCAUUAUGGGCUAACGAUAGUACAAAUUCGGAAACUUGCCUAGGAAUAUGCAAAAGCGUUGAAUUUAAAAUAUCCAGCGAAAUGGGACGAAAAUCAAAUGGCUGGCAUAGGGUGGAUGCGUAAAUACAGGGAACGAAACACCAACUUUAGUCUGCGAAAGCCAGAGAACACUAGCGCUGCUCGAUCAUUCGCGUUUAAUAAGAAUGCAGUCCAAGAGUUCUAUAAUAAUUUGGCUGAAGUGUUACGGCGACAUAAUUUUGCUACCGACAGGAUAUUUAACUUGGAUGAGUCCGGCGUGUCUACUGUUUUAGAAACUCCUAAAAUUUUGGCUCCUAAACCACAGAAACAAGUGGGACAAAUCGUGUCAGCGGAAAGAGGCGAAUUGAUAACAUUUGGUGCUAUUAUUUCUGCAAGUGGAAAUACUAUCCCUCCGCUAUUUGUAUUUCCACGGGUGCACUACAAAGACAAUUUUCUUGAAGGUGCGCCUGAAGGAAGCCUCGGAGCUGCUAAUAGAAGUGGGUGGAUAAAUGCUGACAUAUUUGUUUCAGUAUUAAAGCACAUUCAGAAACACACAAUAAGCUCUAAAGAACAUCUGAUUUUACUGCUAUGUGAUAAUCACGAAAGCCACAUCAGCUUACAAGCUAUAACAUAAUGCUCGAGAUAAUGGCAUCAUUUUUGUGUCUUUUCCGCCGCACACAAGUCAUCGAUUGCAACCUUUAGACGUUGGAGUGUUCGGCCCAUUCAAGGCAAAGUUGAAAAUAGCGUCGAAUAAUUGGCAUAUGUCGAAUCCUGGCAAAACAAUCAACAUUUAUAAUAUUCCUAAACUGGUAAAACUUGCAUAUUUCGAAUCUUUUACCGCAAAAAAUAUUACAAGUGGAUUUGAAAAGCCAGGUAUAUGGCCGUUCAAUGAAAUGGCCUUCAGCGAUGAAGAUUUCGCUCCCACUGACGUGUAUGCUUCAAAUAAUUCGGUAAAUGUGCCACCUAAUCUGGAAACAAGUACUGUCGCUCUAGAACCACAACCUUCCGCCAGCGUGCCAUCGGCUGAUAUGAAUGAGUCGGAUAUUCGUGAGCAGUCGCCUUCUUUGCUCCAAAAUCCUCAAGACAUUGUUACCGGAACUGGCGAACCUUCCACCUCUGCGGUUAAUGCACAAUCUGAAUCAAGUUCUUAUCUUCCAAUAACACUAGAAGUCAUAAGACCUUAUCAUACAGCUGUUAGAAACAGAAAAACCAAUAAAGGAAGAAAGUCGGGUAAAUCCCGUAUAUAUACAGAUACACCUGAAAAAACUGAACUAGAAGAGAGACAUAGACAGAAAGAAUUGAAAAAAAAUAGAACAGGAAAGGAAAACCAGAGCCAAAGCAGUGAAACGAAGUUUGAAGGAACUUAAUUCAAGACAAAAGAAAAAGAAAGCUAAGAAAAUAGAAAGCAAUGAUGAUUCAGGUGAAUCUGAAGGAUCGCAAUUUAGCUUGCGGGAGAGUUCAACAUCUCCAGUUGAUUUAGACUUGGACAAAAAGACUGAUGAUCUUAGUAUCAAUAAUAAUUUAAAUGUAACACCAGAGAAAAUCAAAGAUAACUGUUAUGUUUUGGUAAAGUUUGAAAAAAAGACUUCUGUUGUCUAUUAUGUCGGAAAAGUUUUCAGUCAUUAUUCGGAUACAGAGAUGAAAAUAAAUUAUCUUCGGAAGAAACCGGGAUAAUCAUGGUCAUUCUUUUUCCCUGAUAUAGAAGACAUACACACUUUGUAUAACAGCGAUGUCGCCAUGAUCCUCCCUGAUCCUCAACCACGAACGGGCUAUACAUUCAGAAUGGCUAGAAUUUUUACUUUUGCAGUUAAUUUAAAUAAUUAUAAUGUGCAAUAAGUUCCAAAGUAACAACCAAAUGUAUAAUUACCUACUUUAUGUUUAAAUUGUCAAAGACUGUACAACGAUGUCAUACAAAAUGAUUGUAAACAUCUCAUUUAGACUGAUUGUAAAGCUUAGAAUUAUCAAUAAGUAAACUAAGGAUGAACGAUUUUAUUUUUUGUUAUUUUUCUAA